GCUGCCCGCCCCGGCGCGCCCGCGGAGGCGGGCAGGGGGUGGGGGCUGCAGCCGGAGCCGGAGCCGAUGGCAGCCGCCGACCCGCCGGGAGCUGAGGAGCUGCCACAGCUGGCGGAAAAUCUGCUCUGCCGGCUGCAGGAGAAUUUUCAGGCUCUGACGGAGAAGUUAACGCUGAGAAUGGAAGAAAUGGGCGAGCGCAUCAAUGACCUUGAGAAGUGUGUUGCUGACCUGAUGACAGAGGCUGGGGUAGAAAACAGCGAUGAAGAGUUGAGACACUGAAAUGAAGAUGUGUUCAAGGAAGAUUAAAAGCAGAACAGCACUGCACUGACUCCAAGAUUUUACAGUCAAGUAUCACACAUUGACAAAAAAUGUUAAGGGAAAAUAAACAUGUUUGCACCGUGUUGUGGAUACUAAAGUGCUAGGAGCAGAGGAAUUUUCCAGCUGCUGCAGCAUCCUGUGAAGUUGUUCUUUCUCAUGCAAGCUAGCUGAGAAACAGUUUUAGGUUUUUGUAAACCAAGGUUUUAUCUCACAGGUGCAAACUUGUUUUCCAGCUCUUGUUUUGGUACACUGGAGAAAAUAUUUUGAAUGGGUGUUAUAGCAUUCUGCCAAUCACCCUGAGAGGUGGAUGGUCAAGUGACCAAUGGGGUCACGCCACCCUUGCGAACAAGGCUAUAUAAGCUGAUUUAUAUAAUUAAAUACAGCCAUUUUGGCCACUUAUCCUGAAA